GCGAAAAUCAUUUAUGAGGGCAAUUGAUAACUGCAAGUUUUCGAUUCAGUUUUCUUCCGACUUUUGCUCGCACCAUUUCGUGUUAUUUCGAAACGCGCUUAAUAAUCAAAUAAAAAAUCAUAGCAACAUUUGAACUUUCAAAAUUUCCGAAAUAAAAUAAUUAAAUUUUCACAUUUUACGAAUUCGCCUGGAAAAACCAAAUAAAAAAAUACAUAAGAUGAAGUCGUUCACUUUGCUCGUAAUGCUGGCACUUGCCCUCUGUUUGACUUAUGUCCACGCUGACUGUGGUGACUCUUCACAGAGCAACGAAGAUGGUGAAGUUAAGCAGUUCUUUAAGAAUUUAGGCUGUAAAAUACAAAAGGGUGCCGAAAACUUGCAGGAGAACGCCAAACCAUGGGCCGAUAAAAUAGGUUCAUCAGCUAAGGAAUUCGGUAGUACAGUGGCUCAGAAGUACGACGAGUUGAAGCACAAAUUGACAGACGACAACAAUUCGGAUGGCCCAUCAACACCGUUCCCAGUGGCGAAUGCACCCACUGAGAAAGUACCACUGGCUCCGUUGAGUGGAGAAGCAGCAGCAGCACCAGCAGCAGGUUCCAAUAACAACAAUCCUGCUGUAGCUCAACCUGUCGCAGCGACUGUCUAAGGCAAAAAAUAAAAUAAAAUAAAAACACAACAGUAAAAGCGAAAUCCAUUCAUGACGUUUGUAUAAUCAAAAUAUCAUCUCGGGCGUCCCAAUGUUCUUUAGCAUUCUCUAACUUUGUGAGGUGCAAUAUUGUAGUUAUCCAAAUUUCAAUUGGCGUUUUAUUUCGGCAUUUUUGCGGCAUAAAGUAAUAAAUUAUUUAAUAGUUACAGUGAAAUGUUGACGGCUUUGGUCAAAUACUCGACUACUUUAUUAUAUAUGUGUAUGUAUGUAUUUUGUGAUUAAUUUUCUCGAAAUUCCCAUUG